AUGUCCUGGUACAGAGGGUGAAUAACUCUUUACACAGUGAUUUAUACAUAAAACCAACUGAUCGGAACAACUUAUUGACAUAUGCCAGUUUUCACCCCAUGCAUCUAAAAAAUGGUCUACCUUUCAGUCAACUACUGAGAGUGAGACGAAUAGUUUCGCAAGAGGAGAAAGUCAUAUCUGGAUUGGACUUUAUGGCCAACAAAUUCAGAGAGAGGGGCUAUCCUGUACAGAUAGUAGAGAGCCAACGACAAAAAAUUGAAAAACUGACCCGACAGGAAACCCUAGUAGGGACAGGAACGGAUAGGAAAUUAGAGAGGUUAACAUUUGUAACACCAUUUACCCCGCUAAAUAGGGACAUUCGACAAGUAAUACUCAAACAUUGGCGACUAUUUGAGGGUGACUCUCAAUUACCGUCAAUAUUCCAACACCCUCCAUUAUUUUCAUACCAGAGGGCUCCUAAUUUGAGAGACCUUUUGGUCAAAUCAGAUAUAGGUAGUUCCAAAAAACAAGUUAGAUUUUUUUCGGAACCAAAGAAAGGCACUUUCCCUUGCCUUAAUUGCUCACAUUGUAGCAGUGUGAUCAAGGGGGAAUAUUUCGUUCACCCCCGAUCUGGUAAAAAGUUUUUUGUGAAGGACUUCUACACUUGUAACUCAGAUUUUGUUGUGUACAUACUCAAGUGUCCGUGUGGUCUCCUGUAUGUGGGGGAGACUAUCCGGCCGGUCAAAGAACGGAUAGGGGAACAUAAGAGGAGCAUUAGGGCAGCAUUACAGCAUGAUGCUGUUGAAGCACCAGUACCAAGACAUUUUAAAACUUGUGGCCAUAAUGUGAACCAAUUAAGGUUCCAAGUUAUAGAUAGAAUUCCACCACUACGCAGAGGUGGAGACAGACAGAAACUCUUACUCCAAAGGGAAACCAAAUGGAUUAGUACCUUGGAAACGUUGUCACCAUUAGGUCUCAAUGAGGACUAUGACCUGAAACAUUUUCU